AUGAGUAACAUGGAUCGCGAUAUUGAAAAGACGUCAACGAAUUCAGGGACACUCGGCCCCGAAAGAAACGACACGACUUUUGCGCCCAUUCAACCACCACAAGCGAUCAGAACUCGCUCACGAGCAUCUGCUAGGAUAUCCCGUUGUCAGUCCCAGAAUGGUUACAGCUGUAACCCCCACAGCGAGCCUUCGGAUGAUGAAGUCGAGAAGGAUCCUUUCGAAGUCGGCUGGGAUGGGGGUGACAACGACAGUUUAUGCCCCCGGAGCUUUCGCAAAAUGAAGAAGUGGCUCAUUAUUAUCAUUGUAUCGUCUGGAAGCCUCUGCGUAACUGCUGCUAGUUCCAUUUAUACAUCUACAUAUGAACAGAUGGAGGAUGAAUUUGGCAACUCACGAGAAGUCUCCAUCCUUGGUCUUUCAUUCUUUGUUCUAGGUAUUGGACUAGGCCCCAUGUUCCUCGGUCCCUUGAGUGAGUUUUAUGGUCGACGACUCAUCUAUAUUGUAUCGUGGACUCUUUAUGUUAUCUUCAUCAUUCCUCAAGCCGUGGCUCAGAAUAUCGAGACCGUGAUUGUGAGUCGAUUUCUCGAUGGAUUCGCCGGUAGCGCAUUUCUGGCUGUGUCAGGAGGUACUGUUGGAGAUCUCUUCACAGCAGAUGAGUUGCAAGCGCCUAUGUUGAUGUUUUCACUUGCACCCUUUGUUGGUCCGUCAAUUGGACCUUUGAUUGGGGGCUUCAUCAACUAUAACACUGACUGGAGGUGGACUCACUGGACUCUUCUGAUCUGGGCAUUCGUUCUACUAUUGGGCAUUGUGUUUCUUGUCCCUGAGACAUAUCAUCCGAUCCUGCUGAAGAACAAAGCAAAACAGAUGCGAAAGGAGACUGGAGAUGGAAGAUGGAAAGCCCCUACAGAAAAGGUUCAGAAAUCAGCCGCCAGCGCGAUAGGACGAUCGCUUCUACGACCAUUUCAGCUAUUGAUUUUCGAGCCUAUGUGCCUGAACCUAUGUAUCUUCACAGCCAUCGUCCUCGGCAUUCUCUAUCUCUUCUUUGGAGCCUUUCACCUUGUAUUCGGCGAUAUCUACGGUUUCAACCUUUGGCAGAAUGGCUGCUCUUUUCUCGGGAUCCUCGUGGGAAUGCUGCUCGCCGCUGGGCUUGAUCCCUUGUGGCACAAUAUUCGGAGCAAACUCAUCCGCAAGUUGAGCGAAGAGACCGGCAUUGAAGGAAACAGCCAGCCUGAGUUUAGGCUACCUCCAGCCAUUUUGGGAGGUAUCCUUGUCCCAGUUGGUAUAUUCAUGUUUGCUUGGUCGUGUUAUCCAUGGGUUCACUGGAUUGUGCCCAUAGUUGGAUCGGCAAUCUUUGGAGCUGGAAUCCUACUUGUGUUCAGCGGAGUCUUCACCUUCCUAGUGGAUGCGUAUCCACAAUAUGCCGCAAGUGCCCUUGCUGCUAAUGCAUUCGUGCGUUGUGUCUUUGCUGCUGCAUUUCCCCUGUUUGGUAACCAGAUGUACACUAAGCUCAACAACCACUGGGCUUCGUCUCUGCUAGCUUUUCUGACCGUUGCCAUGAUGCCCUUCCCUUAUCUAUUCUUCCGGUACGGAAAGAGAAUCAGAGCCAACAGUCGAUUUGCUACUUCUUGA